AUGAGGCAUCUUGAAGACCGUUACGGAGCUGUCUAUAAACUGAACCCUUUCAACGAAUUCGGCGAUGUUAAACAGUCAGCUUACCUUGAAAAACCGUCCAUACUCGCACUCACAGAGACCUGGCUCACACCAGGUGCCACUGACGCCGAGAUCUCGAUAGACGGUUAUUAUAUUUUUCGAGCUGACUCAAAACGAGGGAGGGCUGGUGGGAUCGCUCUGUACUUAUAUGCGGCUCUACCAAUCCCGCUUGUCCCCUCUGAUACCACUCCUGCACCAUUUUGCGAUGCACUCCCGCUGCGCGGAUCUGAUUCUUUCCUUCCCGCUGUGGUCUACCGUAGCCCCCCAAGUCCCCCAGAAGAUAACCAAUUCCUCGUACGAACCCUUGAGCAACUCUCCUUCAACUACCUUUUGAUUCAUCUCCUGCUGGGUCCCACACGUUCCGCUGCUCCACAAACUCGAGUCUUACGGGAUUCAAGGGAAAAUCCUUCGCUGGAUCAAGGCGUUCCUAUCAGACAGAUCAUUCUGAGUGAGAGUAGGUUCGGCCUACUCUUCUCCAGCGCCGGUCUCCAUUGGAGUUCCUCAAGGCUCCGUUCUGCGGCCAGUGCUGUUUCUGAUCCACGUCAACGACCUCCCAUAUGUUCUUGUCCCAGCUCUAGGACUGACCGUGUUGCUCGCCCUACAUCACACUCAGCUGCAGCUUCUGCACGUCCGAGUUCAGUUACAGCCCUAAACACUUCGAAGUCUGUUUUCAAACCCCGAAAGCCUGUAUAUUUAACCACCUUCAAUGUUCGCACACUGAAGGAAGCAGGUCAACAGGUGGCUCUUGCGCGUACACUGGAUUCCCUCUGUAUUGAUGCAUGUUGUCUGUCGGAAACAAGAACGCAGGACGCAAGUACCGUGAUCGAACUGACUGCCCCCUCGCUCUCCUCCAGGUUCCGGCUGCGCACCUCUGGUGGUGCAGAGGCCGCUGCAGCUGGAUAUGCUGAGCCACUGAUGUGGCCCGUCUCGGGGUUCCCAUCCAGGAAGACGGCAGUGACCAGUGCAGCUGAGUUUGCUGGUAAUGGCUUUCAUACUUCGCUGCCAAGUCAUUGUUUGACUGCCUCUGGCUCUCUUCCACCCUUCACGUGGUUGUGCGAAAAGAACCCUUCGAGGAAGUCGGUCGACUGGCAUACGCAACACGUGGCCAAACCAGCGCAACCUAUGCAAUGUGAUCAGUUCAUCUAUCGAGGAUCCUUCUUCGUCAUGCAUAGUCAGAAGCAUCUAGUUAUGUGGGAUGGAUACAACAAUGGUACUGGUUUGGGAAGCACAUCGUACGCACUCUCCGGCACGGCUAAUCCACACUAUUCCACGGCUGAACCAGCAGAAGAUCGCGACUUAUUUUUCACCGGAGGUAGCUAUUACGCAGUGAGGGUUGAACAGGAAACCCACCCUCAGUUGACCAACUACCUUCAUUCAGAAAUGGACAACACUGCGGUGCCCUUGGUAGAUGGGCAUCUUGAUGACGAAGAAACGGCCAAUGGUCCUCAUGAUUACGACGCCACUGAGGAAAAAGUGCUCCAAUUGCAAAUGGAGCUGGAACACAUGCGGGAAAACUAUGAGCAAUUGUUGUUGGAAAUACAGAAUAAUGAUCAAGGUGCUAGCACCGAGGUAGAGGAAAUAAUCGAAGAAGAGGUUCGGACAGUGAAAGGAAAUCGUCCGUCUGUGAAACAAGAAGAAGCCAUCCAUCUUGAGUCACCUGUCGUACGACGUGCAGUGACGCGUGACGUGGCUAUUCAGUCGCCACUGAUGACAACUCGUACAAUGGCAACCAUGGCUUCCCCGAUAGAUCCAGCAACUAAACAAUGCUUCGCCGUAAACGUUCGUCCGUCUACAAAAGAUGCAGGUACCUUGUGCCCACAGCCAAUUAAACGUGAAUUCGGGUGCACAGCAGUCGAAUCUGAUGCGGCGCUGCACGAUUGGGUAGAACAAAACCUGGCCCAGCACUCAGAAGUUACACGUAAGCUGAUUACCACGCUGCUUCGCAGUUGCUACAAAAGUCGUGAAUCUUUUGUGCGCACUGUUCUGAGUGUCCUUAGGAAAGAAAACAAGACGAUUGGAGUAGAGGCGAAACCACAACAACGUCGGCAGUCGACAUCUACAUCCCCGUCUUUGCAGGAAAUCCCUGUACAGGAAGCACCAAAGGUCGCAGCACCACCACCAAUUGUGUUAACUGAGUCCCAGAUGGUAGAAGCUCGUCCUUUGCUAAUGAACAAGUCUUCCAUGACGUCGCGUAUCCACGCUGUUCAUGUUGGCGUGGCCACUGAAAGCAUACUACUGCGCAGUCAAGGCUCUCAAACGCUGCAGCAAGUUCCUGAUAUAACAACUUCCGGCGUCCAAACCGACGGCCCUCCUGGUUUGGUUGAUCGUGGUGUACAUGCGGUUUUGGGGAGUAUCUCGUUAAGCUCUCAUCCGGAGGUGUCUAAGUCCGAACACUCUUCGGAGCGUCAAGCGCAAACCGAACACAGUGCUAGUCCCAACACAAGUCGAACGACAAUUGAAUCCCGAUCUACGACUACCGCAGACAAACGUUUGCUCUCAGAGGCGAUAAAAGAGGCAAUUGAACAGUCUAGUGAAUGUAUACGCACCACGCAUCUGCGCUCCUCAAGACCUUUAUCACCCACGGAAGCGCAAAAGUUGUUCCAAUCAGGCCUUGGACCCAGCAAAGCGCCGUUUUCGGAAUUUGUACAAACCCAGGAGACUUCGUAUACUUCACAUGGCCCCUACACAAAGACCGCUCAAAGUGAAAGCUGCACAGUUUCCACGGAACGGCGAAUAGUUGAUGAACAAUCUGCUUGCCAUCUAGUCCCUGGGGAUGUUAAUUUGGAUGGACUUACACGCGGUGAUAGUGUUGUGCUAGACAGCAUCUUGGCACGAUCUAAGCCGGUGGUUUCCUCUCACGUAGUACGUCAUUAUCAGCCGUGUGUCGAAGUAGUGCACCAUAUCGCAGAUCACCCAUCUCCACCUUUACUUCGGCCGUUAACUCCGAUUCAGAUAUCGCCCCAAACAUCCCCAUCCACCUGUGUUCCGGACGUCAGUGCCUUGCGAUCGCCGCCUUUGAAAAGCUACGAGAUACCGAUUUUUCAUGCUUCACCAACCUGCCAGGCUUCUGAUUCUGUUUCUCAUACUUCCAUCGCCCAAAGCCCAGAGUUGAAACAUUUCUGGAUGGAGACAACCCGAGCACCGGGUGCGUCGGCGUCGAAAGAAAAGGUGUCUGUACACCGUGAAGAGUGUUCUACUGGCGAACAUACAUAUUUCACUGAACAUGUUACAUCCGAAUCUUCUGGUGUACAUUCUGCCUCUCAUACUACGACGGCUUCUUCUUUUGGGACUAGUGAAUCGGUGUUGACAACUAUUCAUCCGGGCCCCUCCCGAGCACAGUCCGCCUCAUUCGCCACGCGUGCACCAUCGAGGAAUCACACUUUUAACAUCUCCGACGAAGCCACUAAAGCAUGUCAAUCGUUGGCUGCACAAUGUUCUUCGAAGCAUACCAAAUCUCUUCAGUCAAGUGAAUUGGCGAAGCUGACCAAGAUCUGCUUUGAGUUGUCGUCUUCGGCACAAGAGAAGCGUGAGCAGCUGGAAGAUUUCUUCGCCAUUCUCUACGAAUACCAUCCAGAUCUUUUGAGGUCCGUGGUUCAGUCUACAAACGAACAAGGUGACACCUGUCUUCACCUUGCUGUCGGGCAUGGAGCCUGGGAUGUUGUCAACCUUAUCCUAGAUUCUGGUUAUGCAGAGCCAGAUAAACUGAACCGGGCCGGUUACUCACCUGUCAUGGUCGCAUCGCUCGGAACGCAAUCAAGUGCAUUUGCAAUGAGCCCUCUUGACCGCCUGUUCUAUAUGGGAGACGUGAAUCUUCGGUCGAACGCCGACCCACAACUCACUCCUCUGAUGUUAGCUGCACAGAACGGAUCGUUGGAGGUGCUCCACCUACUGCUCAAGCAUGGGGCCCUAAUAAACAUGCAAGACAUGGCGGGCAACACAGCUCUUAUGUAUGCCAUACAGCAAGCAAACCACUCUGUAAUUAGCUCUCUCUUGAGUUGUCCAGAUAUGGAUCUUCGGCUGUGCGACAAUCGUGGGGACGAUGCCUUGGCCAUCGCCAUGCGCCUGGAGGAUAGUCGUGUUAUUCACAUGAUCAAGUGUGCACUGGAGGCUAACAGAAUAAAUGAAGACUGGAGACAGAGGCCAAACACGAGGUACACAUGUCGCAAGGAUGUUCACGAAAUUCUGCGUGAUCUGCGAUCCACAAGCCUGUGUCCCUCUCGACAAAAAAAGCGGUGACUCUUUUGGUCUGACCUCUUCUUUUGUUUCUUGCGCCACUUGCACUUCAAAGCUGAAAAAACAGGAUAGUGCAGCAUUGCUGUGUCUACCUGUUUGUUAUUUUUGCCUACAUUAUCUAUCCACAGAUGUCGAAGAUGGGCGAUUCCAGUUUCUACUCGAUAUCAUAUCAUAUCAGUGCACCAUUUUUUCGCUGCGUUGUAUACCGACAACUCACCUUUUUAUCAACUAAGUAACUUUUUUCUAGAUUUCACUAUCCACCGAAUUAUACUUUGUCUUGUCUGCGCUUUGCACCGUUUAUACUGCUUUCAAACUCACGUGGCUUUAGUUAAUCUUCUCUUACACCGUUGACUUUUUUACUUUACAUUUCUACAUGGUGAAUGUAUCAUUAGUAAAUUACCGAAG